UCGCUCAACGGACACCGUAUCGCGUGGAGCGGCGGCGGCACAUGACGUUUCCUGCUGCUGGCCGGCCGCUUGAUCGACGUCUAUAUUAUUAUUUAUCGUCCUCGCAGCUUUUCCCAACAGUCAAUUGUCCUUGUCUCUAGAUCAAUCUCCCCUCUCUUAUCGUGUCAUUGCUGCAUGCCUGUCCUUUCUUAAUUGCGAUCCUGACAAAGCACGCUUUUACUGGCGCUGCCGUCCCACCAUGUUGCCUUUCAUCGAUACUCCUUUCUACUACCUUGAGGAGUUGACAGGCGCCUCCGUCGAUGAAUUGAAACUGAUCGCAUCGUUCCUCCUAUCCUACCCUUUGGCCGGCAUUCUCAAGAGACUACCAGAUGCACAACCAUGGAAGAAAAAUGUCUUCAUUAUUUCUGUCUCUCUGUUCUACCUAGUGGGGUUGUUCGACCUGUGGGAUGGCCUACGAACGCUGCUAUAUAGUGCGGUGGGAACAUACGCCAUCGCGUAUUACAUUGAUGGUUCUCUGAUGCCUUGGAUUGGCUUUAUUUUUCUUAUGGGCCACAUGUCAUUGAACCAUAUAACUCGCCAGAAUCUAAAUGAUGCUUCUGUUGUCGAUAUUACUGGUGCACAAAUGGUGCUGGUUAUGAAGCUUUCAGCGUUCUGCUGGAAUAUUCAUGACGGCCGGUUGCCACAGAAGGACCUGUCGGAUGCACAGAAAUAUGCUGCUAUUAGAGAAUUUCCAGGGUUCCUCGACUAUGCCGGUUACAUCCUCUUCUUCCCUUCCCUCUUCGCAGGCCCGGCUUUUGACUACGUGGAUUAUCAUCGGUGGAUCACCACAACCUUGUUUGAUGUACCGCCGGGAACAGACCCUGCCAAGGUACCUCUUACGCGAAAGAAGCGCAAGAUACCGCGAAGUGGAACUCCUGCAACGAAGAAGGCACUUAUUGGUCUUGUGUGGAUCUUUCUCUUCUUGCAGCUCGGGAGACUCUACUUCCCAAAUGCAGUGCUAAGCGAAGAGUACAUGAAGUACUCCUUCCCUCGACGUGUUUGGAUCCUGCAUAUGCUUGGUUUCGCGACGAGACUGAAGUACUAUGGUGUCUGGUCACUCACGGAGGGUGCCUGCAUCCUAUCUGGUAUGGGAUAUAAUGGGUUCGACGCUACGACAGGAAAGGUGUUUUGGAAUCGCCUAGAAAAUGUCAAUCCCUGGGGCAUUGAAACGGCUCAAAACACAUACGCCUAUCUCGGAAACUGGAACAAGAAUACAAACCACUGGUUAAAAAACUACGUCUAUCUACGAGUGACUCCCAAAGGAAAGAAGCCCGGCUUCAGAGCCAGCUUAGCGACCUUUGCGACUAGCGCUUUCUGGCAUGGUUUCUAUCCCGGAUACUAUCUGACAUUCAUUCUCGCUUCGUUUGUGCAGAUGGCGGCAAAGAAUGUCCGUCGUCACGUUCGGCCAUUCUUCCUCACUCCAGAUGGUAGCAAGCCGACACCUUACAAGCGCUAUUACGAUGCAGCGACCUGGUUUGCAACGCAGCUCACAAUGUCAUUCGUCGUUCUCCCAUUCAUUAUUCUCUCUUUCACUGGAUCUGUUGGGGUCUGGGCGCAUGUGUAUUUCUACGGCAUCAUCGGCGUUUUCUCGAUCAUUGGUUUCUUUGCAAGCCCAGCAAAAGCCAUCCUGGUGAAACGAUUGAAGAAGCGCAACAUGCCUCAUAUUCCGAGGACUGCAAGCCAGGAGACGCUUCGAGCGCCAACCCUCGGACUACCAAAUGAUCCGGCUCGUGACAUUGACGAAGCUGUGCAGGAAAUCAGGUCUGAAAUAGAAGCCAGAAAUAGGAGGGGAAGCGUUGUUACAAUGCCGACAGGAGAAGAUCUGAGAAGGGCUGUCGAAGAUAAGCUGGGAAAGAAAUUGCCCGGGUGAUGGUUUGAACUGUUGAGUCUAGGGCGUGAAGGACAAGGUGACGAAGGUGAUGAGUUUUCUUUUAUCUCUCCCCGAAUGCGGUUCGGAGCAUAAUUGCCCGAUGGGCCAUUCUGUUCGUUAGAGCGUUAUCCUGCUUCUACCUUUAGACCUUGAUUUUCUUGGACUCGUGUCGUCUCAUCUGAUAUCUCUGGGGCAAGAUUUCCCUAGUCUGAGACCUCCAUUUCUACCAGUCCCAUUUUCAUAGAACGAACAUAUUAGCCUCUUGUCAAGCCUAAUGGAUAUUAAUAUCUAUAGUAGAUAUCGAGCAUAAGUUAACGUUGCAUCCGGCCCUGAUGGUAAGUUAUCACUCUCCGAUGAUUCACGGGUG